GACGUCACGUCCCCUACUAAAGAAAACCAACAGACAGCGGCCAGAAAAACAGACUGAAACGCACAUCAACGGAGUGGAAUAGCGUCACAGACCGUCGCCGAGGGUUUUUCCUUUCUAUUGUCUCUUUAUUUUGGGAGCUUCUCUUUUUACUGGUAUAAGGAAUUGUCUACUUUCUGAGAGAUGGCCCAGGAGACCAAUCAGAGCCCCGUGCCCAUGCUCUGUGCAACUGGCUGUGGUUUCUAUGGCAACCCUAGGACCAACGGCAUGUGUUCGGUCUGUUACAAAGAGCACAUAACAAGACAAAACAACGGAGGUGUCAGUCCUAUUAGCACAAUGGGUUCCAGUAGUGUAACUAGCAGUCCCACAUCUGAAGCUUCAGCCAUUCAGAUCAUUGAAGCUACGCUAAACAAUUCCUCCACCGCUAGUGCUGAGUCACCCAACAGUUCCUCCAUGGCUGCCCUUCCAGUUACACAACAGAUGACCGAAAUGAGCAUUUCCUGUGAAGAGGAGGUGGCUUCUCCAAAAGUAGACCUUCCUGAACCAGAAGACCGAGCUGGUGCAGGCAUCUUUCCGGCGUUGUCUUUACACGGAGCCACCUUAACACAACCACCGCAUGAGCCCUCCUCAAAAACUACAGAUGAAGGCAGAGACGCUAUGACUGGGACUCUGACAGCCUCUGCAGACCCUGGCAUGAGGAGACCAUCAAGUGUCAAUACAUUCACAUAUAUCAUUGAUGUCAGUUGGGAGCAGGCUGGUCUGCCUUCCGAAAAAGCAGACGUGUUAAAGAUCUUAAUUGUAACUCAGCCAACAGCAUCCGCUUCAUCUCCAAGUACAGCUGAUGGCGAUGAAGCCAAAACGCCCGAGCUCACCAAACCCAAGAAGAACAGAUGCUUUAUGUGUCGCAAGAAGGUUGGCCUAACAGGAUUCGACUGCCGCUGUGGGAAUCUGUUCUGUGGAAUUCAUCGUUACUCGGACAAGCACAACUGCCCCUACGACUACAAGGCGGAGGCUGCAGCCAAGAUCCGUAAAGAGAAUCCCGUUGUGGUCGCCGAUAAGAUUCAGAGAAUAUAAAUCUUGCACCUUGAUAUUGCGAGAGAUCAGAUAAAGGACUCACACAUGACCUGUGAUUCUAAAGACUAGUUUUUUUUAAAUUACAGUAUGGGGAAAAAAAUCCUGUUUCUAAGCCAAUGCAUGAGCGAUCACUUUUAUUUCCGUCUUUCUGUUUUGAUUUCCGUUCUUGAGCUUCAAGGUUAAAAAAACAAAAAGGAAUGUCUAUAUAAGGUGUCAAUCCAGAGACGUUUGCCUAACAUGUCUGUUUCUGAGCGGGAAUGUUGCUGUAACAUGGAAUCUGAUUGUUGGAAUGUUGCUGUAACUUGGAAUCGGAUGAUUGUGAUGAAGGCUGACUGUUGUGUUGUCACCGCAGUCAUUUGUGUAUCUGAAGACUGUUUCCGCUCCGACCCGAGUGCCGUUGGAGCAACAGUGCAUGGCUGGCUCAUGUAGCAAAUGGACGCUCUUCUGUUUUCAUCUGGGUCGAAACGUUCACCUUCAUGUCAGCCUUUGACAUUAAUCAGCAACAUUUUCUGCUUGAGUAGUCUACAUGAAUUAUCAAGCUGUUUUUUUUUCUUUCUACUAUGUGAAAAAUAAAUUUUAAAACAGAUUAUGUGAAAAUAAAUCCAUUCAAAUGUUAACCGCAGCCAGACCAGGAUGCUUAAUGAUCAGUUUUGAGCAACAACAACUACUACCAUGAUCCCACUGUUUGUUAAGUAUGGCUGAGAUAAAUCUUUUGACAAUGUGAAGCAAUGAUUUCAUUCUUCUAUCCUCCUCCUUAGCAAAAUAAAACGUAUGAAUUUUAAGUUUUGUACUUGCGUAUUGAGUUGUAAGGGGCACCAAUUUUUUAUGUGGUUGUUCUGUUUAAAAUGUUGGAUUUAUAAAUGGGUGUUUUGCAUGGUUAGUGAAAUGAGUAUUUUAAAAUUGACUGCAUACUAGAAGUCACUUCUUUUUGCUCAGUAAUUCACUUAAUGUUUGGGUUUUUUGUGUGUGUGAACUUUCCAAUGGGUAUUGUAGAUUGACUGUCACAUGCUGGUAAGAAAAACUGUAUUGUUUUGUGUCAUUUAAUCAGCCCCAUUUGUACGCUUGAAUACGUUUUGGUGUGAAGUAUGCGAGUAUGUAUCCAAGUACUCUGUGAACAGCAUUUUAUUUUAUGAGGCUCAGUCCGUUUUCUGUUUUGGGUCUGGCUGCACCGUGCUGUUUAUUUAGAGCUUAGCGAGUUUACACAGUAAAACUAACCAUCUGUUUUGAUUUUAGUUAUGCAAGUUUGUACAAACCAUCUUUAUUUAUUAUAUGUAUUGCACAUAUAAUCUUGUUACUCAACAUUACUGCGAAAUUGUAUCAUGUAAAUAAAAUUAUGUACAGAGAUAUUACAAA